AUGGAAACUAGAGUUCCAACAGCACCCAUAAGUCUGUCAACGCCUAUUGGAACAAUACAGGCCGCCUCGUCUUCAGAUACAUCUCUUGAUCGUGGUACCAGUAUAGAAAGAGGAAGAGAAAAGGGGGUAAACUGCCGAAAUAGAAAAGAAAAAUGUUCUGGUGAUGAACCAUGCAAUUCAUGUGUUAAACACAAUCGAGAGUGCUCAUACACGGCACUGAAGUCACGGGGUAGGAAGAAAAAGAGACCUCGCCUUGAUUUGGACCCUCUUGAGGAGACGCAAGAUCCAGGAUUGAGAGAUGGUUCAACAGCGUCGCCUAUAGUGAUACGUCCAGAAACUCACCGUCCAUUGGCGAUUGAUAAUAACGGACCACUUGCAGUCAAGAGACGUCGAGAGCUACGUUCUUCUGGUAUUGGAGUAUGCCAGACUGGCACCGGAGCAUUUCAAUAUUAUGGGCCAGCAUCCAAUUUGGCUUUAUUUCAAAGCAUUUACCAGUGUAUCUAUCGCACCAAAAGUUCAAGCAAUGACCGGCUAGGGGCGAUGCGUGUUUGGGGCUUGGACCAAUUUGCCUUCCCACCCGAGCGUCCUGAAUACCAACAUCAUAAUGAGGGCGGUACAUCUCUGCCCGUUCAUCUAAGUAAAGAUCUUGGGGAUUGUUUCAUUUGCACCUAUUUCAAGGUCGCUCAUCCACAGUGGCCCUUCCUUCAAUCGUGCGAGAUUCGCGAAGAUUGGGAGUCAUUCUGGGAGCCUCCACCACCAGAACGAGACGCCUAUUAUAGUAGCAAGUUAACUCGAAAAAAUAUCGUACUUAUGGUGCUUGCGAUUGGCGCCGUAAUGUCUAGUCUUUCUCCUGACAAAGAUGCUAAGGUUAUGGCUAGAUGGGCAUCCUACUUGUCAUCACGUGCGAUGCUGUCUGGUUCGACUUUCGAGGACGCUUCCCUCAAGGGUGUUCACCUACUUCUUCUAAAAUCUAUAUAUGCCAUCGAACUAAUGCGUCCUAAUGACUCUUAUCUCUACGUAGGCCAUGCAGCCCUGAAUGCACUUGCACUAGGCAUGAAUAGGGCCCAGGUCGCCAACGGCACCCGCCCCAACAUGCAUCGUCUCCGGGUAACAUUUUGGAAUCUUUACUCGACGGAAAAGCUUGUGUCUCUAUUUCAUGGUCGGGCAUCCUGUUUAAGAGAUGAAUUCAUUGAUACUGCCUUUCCCGAAGAUCUACCAAGCUUGGAGACGGAGAAUGAUACUCCAGAAGAAAUUACAGACAUGGCAUAUGUCCGUGCUAUGGCUACUCUAGGCCGUGUGGCCGAUCGUAUCAAUAGCGGUUUAUACUUCUACGGUGGAGUUGUAACUGAUUCCGCCAAUAUCCCCCAUGUUACUCGCGAGUGUGAACUGGCCCUAGAAAAAGCGAUGGGAGAUCUUCCUCCUUUCUUACACUUCUUUGACUCUACAAUGCCUUCAAGUCCUCAUCUGUGGCAUGAAGUCCAACGUACACAUCUUGGAUUACACUAUUAUCACUGCAUCAUUCUUAUCCAUCGACCGGCACUAGUGUUCGUGUGUAAACAUGCAUCAAGGGCCGAAGCUCUGACCGCAGCCCAGGAGUUAGGCUUCACGGAUAUAUUUGGCUGUGUUGAAAAGGCCAUGUCCGCAUCGAAGAAACUCAUUGCCCUCGCACUUGAUGCCUAUAAUACGCGCGCAACGUCAAUGAGGCAAGACUCUGGAGUGGCCUACAAUAUCGUGGGUGCUUGUCUUACCUUGCUCUAUGAUGUUAUAGGUGGACCUAAGAAGAGUUGCGCUGGUAACGUCGCAGAUACUUUCAAAGCUGUUGAAGAUGGUCUUCGUUGUUUGAGUUUCAUGGAGCAUUCUGGGCCUAAGAUUGGGGGAACGCUGAGUUCACGCAUCAUGCGUGUGGCCAAAGAUGCCUUUCGCUCUGCACAAGGCCCUAACGCAGAUGAUGCACCUGAUGGCAACGGAACACCUGCUUAUAAUACAGCGCCUUUAUAUGAAUCUAUCCAGGAGCGCACUGAAACUGUAAAUACUAUUGAUAAUGAGCUGGAUACACUACUUGGACAGUUUCCAUGGCUCGCAAACACAACUGCAAAUACACCGAUCCCUCAUUUUGCCACCGAAACACCUCCAGCCAACACUUCGAGUCCACUUCACAAUGCUUCUGGUGUCAAUUUUCCCACUUCUUCAAAUUAUGGGAGUACAUCACAACCUGACCAGCUUCAGCAACAUACAACUCAAGCUUUUCCACAAAGUUCAGACUUUCUCUUCAUGCCAUUUUAUGGCUUUGAGGAAUCAACGCCGCAACAGGUACCUACGCACGAAGCUGCGGUUGCAGAUAAUACCAGCGGUGGUCGCAAUACAGGUGCACAUCAAUGGGCUGAUGUCAACGAUCAGGUCUUUACGGAUCACGGUAUGUCGAAUGGUAAUGGUGUACCGUGGGGUUUACUGUAA